AUGUCGUCGUCCGGCAGUCUCACCACUCCUAAUGGUUACGGCGUUCCGCUUCCGCCAAUGCCGUCCUCCUUGCCUCGCACCGAGAGCAUCGUCAGCCGUGGUAGAGAAAGCUACGCUCCCAGUAUCUCGGCUAGCAUGCAUUCACCUCGUAGAAUGCGCCGUCGCAAGGAACCAGAGGCUUUCAACAUCCUGAUCACUGGAGCCAAGGGCUCGGGAAAGACAUCGUUUGUCGAGUUUCUCAAGACAGCUCUCGCCCUGCCAGCCCACAAGCAGACACGCGGUCACACACCUCCACCUCAUAUGCAUUCUGAAUCUCCCUUCGAGCCAUCCUACGUCGAGACCGACAUCGAUGGGGAACGUAUCGGCUGCACGCUCUGGGAUUCUCAAGGACUGGAGAAGAGCAUCAUUGAUCUACAACUUCGCGAUCUGGCUGCCUUCGUCGAGUCGAAGUUCGAGGACACUUUCAACCAGGAAUCAAGGGUCGUGCGCACACCCGGAGUCAAGGACACUCACAUUCACUGUGUUCUCCUGCUACUGGAUCCCGCUCGCCUCGACGUCACUAUGCACUCUGCAGACGACUCAUCUCCCAAGAAAAUGUCCAGUCUUGACUCGGCCUUCCUUGAUGAGACAUUGGACCUUGAUGUCAUCAGAACCCUCGAGGGCAAGACGACCGUCAUUCCCAUCAUUGCGAAGGCCGACACUCUCACCGCCGCCCACAUGGCUCAUCUCAAGCGCAUGGUCUGGUCAAACGUUAAGCACGCAAGGCUCGAUCCGCUCGAGGCUCUCAACCUGGACGAUGAUGAAGAGGAAUCUCCUGACUCCGAGGCCCUCGACAGCGAGUUCUCCAGCUCCGAAUCAGAUAUCCUGCCUAGAACAGACUCACCGCCACGCAAAGUCACCGAAGACCCGAACGCCGAUGACAGCGACACUAUGGGAAGCACCUUCUCGCCGCUGUUUCUUCCGUUCUCCAUCCUAAGCCCCGACUCUCACACAUCACCUGGUUCCUUGACACGCAUCUUCCCUUGGGGCGAAGCGGACCCAUGCAACCCUGUUCACUGCGAUUACACUCGUCUUCGUGAGUGUAUCUUUGGCGAUUGGCGCUCGGACCUGCGUGUCGCGUCUCGUGAGAAGUGGUAUGAGAACUGGCGCACCAACCGUCUCAAGCGUACACCCACGUCUCGUAUCCGACAGUCUGGUGGAGUGACUCCUAUUGGUGCCGUGCCGAAGGAAGGCCGCACUGUCUCACCUACCAUCACAACCAGGUCUCGUGCUGUCAGCACCUCGAAGCAAGUAUCGAGGAUGUACAAUGAGAUGCCCGAGAGACCUCGCACGAUGAGCACUAGCAAGGCUGAACGUGUCUUGGGCAGCCCCAGAGGUAUCGCCUUGUAG